UGCCACUCUCUCUCCUUCCCUCUCUAGUCUGUUAACCCAUCCAUAUCUAUAUAGGCUCACUGGCUGCAGGAGUCUGCUUCUUCUCUCUGCUCUGCACUAUGAAGGAAUUACCCAUCCUGGUGUUGCUGUACUCAGCGGUGUUGCUAAGUAGCGCUGCUCCAGUUUUGGAGCCUGUAACAUGUAGCGAAGAUAGUCGUGCUGCAAUGGCACGUCUGGCAAUGUUUCACAUCAACGAGCACCAUGACCACGGCUACAAGUUCAAACUCAAUGAGAUCCAAGGCAACAAAGUGGAAAAGGCUGACAAUGGCUGUAACGUUGAGUUGCUGUUGGACCUUCUGGAGACAAAAUGCCAUGUUGUUAACCCUCAACACUUUGAGGAUUGUGAGCUCCGUAGAGUGGAUGAGCGGGAGGUGAUGGCCAACUGCACCGUAAUGAUGACUGUAAAAAAUAGUGAUGCCAAAGUCACCAAAUAUGACUGUGACACGCGACAAGUAAAAACGAACAUGGAGAUGAUGAUGAUCUGCCCAGACUGUCCCACGCUGAUCUCACUUGACAGCCCUGAAGGUAUCAAGUCUGUUAAUGAAGGUGUGAAAAAAUUCAACCAGAACACCACCAACCAGCGCUACUACAUCCUGCAGGAAGUGGGACGGAUAAGCUCUGCGUACAUGAUGGCGACAGGGAUGAGUUACUUUGCUGAGUUUGCCCUUGUGGAGACUCAUUGCCCAAUGGGAUCGAGAAUCAUUCCUGAGGCAUGCAAACCCCUCUGUCCUGACAGAGCUCAUCAUGCUGUUUGCAGUUCAUCUUAUUCCAGUACAGACGGACUCCAGUCUGUUGAGUGUGAAUUCUAUCCCCCAUCGAACAGUACUACCCUUGGCCCUGGUGAACAGGGCCCAGGUGAAUGUAGGCAUCGUGGUCGCCCCUCACAUGCUGGCGGUCACGGACACCAUCGCCAUACUCACGGUCACGGACACCGUCCCAAUGCUAGCAGCCAUGAGCACCAUCAACAUGCUGGUGGUCACGGACACCAUCGCAAUACUAGCAGUCAUGGACGCCACCCUGAUGCUAGCGGUCGUGGACCCCCCCCCCACGCUGGCGGCCGUGGACCCCCUCCUCAUGAUGCCGGUCAAAGACAAGACAGGAAAGUUGGACCCCCUUUCAAUUCCUACCACCGCCUCAAACCCUUCCUUUCCUGCCAUGGAUUCCGGACCAAUUUUGACCCAGCUCUCCACCCCAUUUGCCCCUGGCCUCACUCUGAAACCAACCCAGACCCAAAACUGAGCCAGUCCUGAGAUAAGGAACCAUGAGUGUUUGUUACUGUUCUGAAGACUUCUCUUAAUAGUCUCUAAUGUAUGUAAGACGUGCUAAAGUCCUUACAACAUACAACAGAACAUGUAAAAUAAACCAUUAAAGUGUCAUUAUUUGUGAUGCAAA